GAGGUGGAGGGUUGGCUCAGUCCAACAUGCGCACAGAGAGGAGCGCAGUCCGAUGGACCAGCAGCGGUUCCUCUCACACUAAUGAACGCACGCACGCACACACGCACACACGCACACACACACACACACACACACACACGCACACUUUAACGUGACACGCAGGAGUUGUGCAGACACCGAGGAGCUUUUAGGAAGAAAACUCUCCAUCUGACGGACGGGAUGGACGCGUCGCCGCUGCUCUUCAUGCUGCUGCUGACCAAAGGGCUGUCGGUGCAGAUGUGUGACGUGGUGAACGAGAUCGAGCUGGAGAGAGAGCGCUGUGAGGAACGCUCCCCCGGGAACGUCUCUUCAGGUUGCCCGGGCAUGUGGGAUAUCAUCGCCUGUUGGCCCACAGCCACAGUGGGAGAAGUCGUCACCAUAACUUGCCCCACUUACUUCAGUUACUUCAGCGACGAGCACAAAGGCAACCUCUCCAAAACCUGCACGGCGGACGGCUGGACCGAGAUGCAUCCCGUUGACAUUGCCGUGAACUGCGGAUACAAUCUCAACAGCACCAGCGAUGAUGGCAAGUUUUUCUGGCAAGUGAAGAUUGGCUACACCAUUGGCUACAGUGUUUCCCUCAUCUCUCUUACCACAGCCAUUGUAAUCCUUUGCAUCUUCCGGAAGCUGCACUGCACGAGGAACUACAUCCACAUGCAUCUGUUUGUGUCGUUCAUCCUGAAGGCCAUCGCUGUGUUCGUCAAGGACGUCGUCCUCUACGACGUCGGGGAGGUGGACAACUGCUCCUCGGGCUCCGUCCGCUGCAAACUAGUGAUGGUGUUCUUCCAGUACUGUAUAAUGGCCAGUUUCUUCUGGCUGCUGGUGGAAGGCCUUUAUCUUCACGCAUUGCUGGCGGUCUCUUUCUUCUCUGAAAGGAAGUACUUCUGGGCUUACAUUCUGAUCGGCUGGGGUGGUCCAGCAAUUUUCAUCACAGCCUGGAGCAUCACCAAAGCCUACUUUAAUGACGUGGGGUGCUGGGACAUAAUCGAGAACACCGAUGGGUUCUGGUGGAUCAUUAAAACUCCCAUUUUGGCCUCGAUCCUGAUGAACUUUAUUCUCUUCAUCUGCAUCAUAAGAAUACUCCGACAGAAAAUCAACUGCCCAGAUAUUGGAAGAAAUGAGUCCAACCAGUACUCGAGGCUGGCGAAGUCAACGCUGCUUUUGAUUCCUCUGUUCGGGAUCAAUUUCAUCGUGUUUGCAUUCAUCCCGGAGCAAGUGAAGACUGAGCUGCGACUGGUUUUUGACUUGAUCCUGGGAUCGUUUCAGGGCUUUGUCGUCGCAGUCCUUUACUGCUUCCUUAACGGCGAGGUGCAAGGAGAGAUCAAGAGGAAGUGGCGAAGGUGGCACCUGCAGAGGUACAUGGGCUCGGACACCAAAUACCAACAUCCCUCUAUCGGCAACAGCAACAACUUCAGCACCCAGAUCACCAUGUUGACGCGGUGCAGCCCGAAAACGCGUCGGGAAUCAUCGUCCUGCCACGACGACCUGUCCAGCAUAUGAGUCACACGAGCAGCGAUGACACACCUGCAUGCUGGACCAAACGCUCUCAUGCCACACACACAAAAAAAAACGAACACGCACUGCCUCAAAUGAAAGAAUACUGCACUGUUGGAGGAUGUAGUCGCUCGAGUGGCGUGGACGAGGGAAAGUGAUGAAGUGACAAUAGGGUGCUUUUAAUCUCCAUGCUUCUUAAAAACACUGUCAUAAGUCAUGAGUGACAAAGAAACGUUUACAUUGCUUCACACGCACAGACUUUGCACACGUGAAUGAGAACCGUUCACUUGUUUGCAUUUGGAGAUUCAGCACACAUUUCGAGUUAUUGAGUUCAUGUUGCUCUGACACGGGGCCAUGCAAGAUGUCACCGAUUCAUUUGGUUAGGUGAGGGAAUCCAAUUGUGAGCUGCACCGGCAUCCAGUAAUCUUAUGAAAUGAGAUAAUACUCAGUGGAUUCCCGCUGAAACAAAUGAACAAGGCCGGUGUGAAAACACGUCCAUUAGGAUAUUUCUUUUCUUUUCUUAUUAAAUGUUGCAGCGACCUCACAGACAAGGUACCAGACGUGUGUUUCGACGGUGUUUUUGAAUGUAACGGUACUUUGUGAUCAAAAUAUGCUUUAAGCAUACUUUUAUGGAGCCAAAAAGGUCCUUACUGUUCAGUAAGUACAGGACGACAGAAAAAGCUAAAAAGUGGUUGAUAACUGCUUUUAAAUGUGUUUUUUUUACAUCGGGUUCACAGCGAUGGGUUUGGAGUAUCAAUGCCCUUCUCUGCACUACGUCUCAUCAGAGGCUGAUUGCCCUUUUAUCAGUAAAGUCCUCCCUGUUGUUCUGUGUGAUUCUGAGCCUGUGGAUCGUGGUCGUUUUCAUCUGAGGGACAUCUGAGCAUCGAUCCUCAUGUUGCUGCCGCUGCACAGCUCGCCCGGCGCUGGGGGUUUCCUUCGUCCCUGCCACCCUGAACCCGAGUAAUAAACAAACGGGCGCAACGUUUCAUCACAGUGACCUGCAGCCCCUGGUUAGCGUCGCAGUGAGCAAACUAACUGUAACGUGGACUGUAGGCCGACGCCACACGUCACGAGGUCACGUCGUGAGGUAGCCGUGUCGUUGCUACCGUUUUUUUUUUUUUUUUGCAGUUUGUGUAUUCUUGCCGAUUGUGUGGGACCAAAAUCUGAGGUAAAAAGCUGCCCUCCGUUACUUUUGAGCCAGUGGGUCACUAUUACAUGUUGCACCUUUAAGCAGUUUAUGAAUGUCAACACUUCUCUACAGAAGUCAUUUAACAUGUACAGUGAAAAAAAAAAUGACUAUGGAUAUUCGUGUCAGAUCAUGUAUCAGUAUUGUGACGGUAAUUGAUGUUUGCUCAUUUGUUGUUUGUGUAGCAGCCUGUGACUCAACGCUUCGCAUGACAGUGAAAUAGAAGCCGAUGCAUCACACUUAAAAUCAAACCGUCAGACCUGUACCGAGAAGCUCUCUUGGUGGUGCUUUGGUAGAUUCCCCCUUUUAGAAAAACAUCUCCUGAACCCCACAUCCACCCGUCAGUUUUAAACCACUCCACCUGAGGAGCUUGAACCUGACAAGUCGGCAGUAGAGACCACUGGAGCUUAUAUGUGGAGCAAAGCGAGGUGACAAGGAUGACUGGUGCUGUCACAACGGGGCUGUCAUUGGGCUUUUAAGACUACACGGUCAGAAGGGAAAGCCACUCAAAUGUUCAUGCAAGAGGGAAAAUAGAGGUCAAGCCUGAGCUUCGGGGGAUUAAUAGAAUAAUCUGAACUCGUUAUUGAUUUAAAGGGUCAGUGAAAUCAACACAAGAGAAUGUUGAUCUAGAAGUUAUAUACAUUAAAGGCAUCUGUAAAUGGGACGCUUCUGGUUGUGACAAAAGAUUAAAGGAACAGUACAGUAAAUCAGCUUUUCAUGUAUUCACCAAGAUUCGUACCACUCUCACAUAAACAUUGGAGUCUGUCACGUACGUUUUAUUUUCCCUGCCUCUUGUGUCCUGUUUUGACUCCACUUCCUGCCCUCAUGAGUUCCAUGUUAUCUGCCUUGUCCCUGAUUGUAUCCUCCUGUGUCUAAAUCGCCCGCCCCUCCCCAUUAUAAGUGCCCCGUUAGUCUCUGGACUUGCCAUCCCUCUGUUCCUCCUCAUCUCUCUGGGUUUGAGUCCUGCACCACAACAGGAAUCAAUCUUCUCAUCUAACUCCGGUCAAGAGAUAAAAGAUGAAAAUGUCAAACUAUCCCCUCGCGUACACAUUAUUCCACUUUGUUUGGUGCCUGUGUUCGGUAGUCGGGAAAGUUGUUUCAUAAUUUGGCAAACAUGCCAAGCGACCCCUCAUAAUGGUGAAUGUAAAUAUAUCGGUAGGCCAAAAAAACAUCAAUGAAUACGAUGUUGUAAAACUGCUGUUUUUAGAUAUUAUCUUUUUGUGUUCAAGUGGCCUGGUUGUUUUGUAUCAGUGAACUAAUAAGAAGUGAUAUUGAAUAAACAAUUGUUCUAAUGUGUAACUAA